CCAGUCGGGCUCACGUUUGUUCUGCUUUAUUGUAUGCAGUUGGUUUCCUUCAGGGUGUCUGUGCUGUCACUUCUUUACGCCCAUUGAGGUGACGUAUGAUGACAAUAAAGGCCAGUGGGGUCAGUUCUAUGACACAACCCAAAAUGCUUUGCAGCCCCUGUUUAUAACGAGAGGCCUUCAAGUGGCCGCCUGUGACCCGAGCAGAGACAAUUACUACGUCUGUGAGGACAAUGGAGCACAAUGGAGCACAGCAGACAGGAUCUCCAGCAGCUGUCCGCGGCAUGGCACGUGCCGAGCUCUCCUCACAAUCGCUUCAUUUGUUAAUGUACGACCUUGUCUGCUGUCGGGGUCUUAUUCAGCUCUCGAGACGGAGCUCUCCACUGUCAUUUCUGGCGAUCACUCAGCAGGAUUUCUCCACCCCUUUGUGCAGAGUGAAUGUCCUCUUAAAGGUCCCCCUCAAACGAGGCCGAAGAGCAGCAGAAAUCCACACUUGAGCGGCGCGCUGGGGGUCCACCGGCGUUUACGGCACAGAGCUCCAUUUCAGUUGUCAUUUCUGGCCUUUCUUCGCCAUUUUUACCUUCAGUUGCCCUGUGAGUUUGUAUGAAUGACCACAUGUGUGGAGAAAAAGAGACGCGCGUGUGCUGACGUGAACUCCACGAGCAAUAAAGCAGUGCGUAGUGAGGCCAAGUCAGGCAGAGCGGGCUUCUGAGCGCUUGACCCACUUUGGUCUCUCUGCACGCCUGCCGGGUAUCUCGCAGCGACUGCCAUGCCGACGACAAGUUGGAAUGGAAGAGGAGCGGCUUGUCUUUACUUGGUCUGACGGCCCCUUGGAAUUUAUCGAUGUGUCAAAUGUGCUCCAGCCAAACACUGCACAUGAAUAUCGAGUGAGAGCCCACGACGCCAGGGGAUCUGCGGACAGCUUGUGGUCGCCAACACAAACCCUGGAAGCACCGCCACAGGGCAUGGCAGCCCCCUCAGCUCAGACCACCGGCGCCUCAACUGGACACAGCCGGCGUCUCCUACUGGGAUCGGAGCUCAUUAUGUUGUGGUCUAUGAGGUACCAAGAAAUUAUACAGCAACACCUGCUAAUUCUACCCUAAUGACGUUAAGCGUUCAUCAGAACCUAAAAUUUGGAAAUAUGGGAGAUCAUUAGAGGAUCAGGGCUUCAUCAAAGUGGACAGGAAUGAGAUUCUGUGUCUGUCUCCCCUCGGCCUGCGUGCUCUCUUUGUUCUGGACAAUAGGCGUAAAUUAUUCAGCGGCAAGUCAUUCGACACCGACUCCAACACAGCCGAUCUGUUUAAUGCAGCUGAUGGCAGCCCAAGGCAGACCCCGUCGAAGGCGUUCACUGUGUGAGUCAAAUAUGGAGUAAAAAAUGCCAUGGAGGUGCUGAAAUCGACAGCUGGGAGCAGGAACAGGAGCGAGACCACCGUCUUCUGUUGCUGCCUUUCAUGACGUCCACAGCCGCCCCAGGAGAUUACAGGGGUCCACCAUCUUUAUGUGACACAAGAAUCAAAACAAAAGGCAAGAGAAGCCGACCUGACGCGCUCUUCAGCUCCCAGAGAAGGGACUCAGCCCUGAAAGGUAUGAGCUUGUGAUCUACAGCAUCCAGACUUUCCUGAGCACUGUACUCCUGGACCUACAGAAGUGAAAUAUUUUGGAAAAGCACUGACUUUUAAUCUUACUGGCCUUCAGCCAUACACAACUUACAGCAUCCAAGUUAUCAGUCACAACUUAGCUGGAAGUAAAGGAUCUCAAUGGAUCAACUUUACCACAAUGAAGGAAGCACCGCAGUACCGAGCGCCUUUCAGCGUCAUCAGUAACCUGACCACCAUCUACCUGGACUGGAGUCAUUCCUUUGUCCUCAACGGGGAGCUGAAGGAGUACAUUCUGACCGAGAAUGCCGUCUGGUUGUACAGUGGCCUGCGCAGCAGCCUUCACCUGCCGAGAACUUCGGACAAAACACUGAAGUUCCAAGUGACAUGCAUCACAGACACUGGAAAAGUCAGCACCCCGGUGAUCAAAUACAACGCGGCAACUGGAAUCGGUCCUGUGGAAUCGUCACCUGGAGGGAAGACUGGCAUGCAAGGGGUGAAAACGAAGUUCUACACAGAGCUUUGGUUCAUCAUCCUGAUGGCCAUCCUGGGACUCAUUCUGCUCGCCAUCUUCAUUGCCCUGCUGCUACAGAAAGUUCUGAGUAAAGCACCCUUUGUAAGAGAGAGGCCACCCUUGGUGCCACUUCAGAAAAGAGCACCCGCGAUCAGCGUUUACCCACCGAGUGACAGUGGCAUGGGACUGACGGACCCCAAGUCUGCUGGGGCCAGACGCCACGGCAGUAACAGUGGGGAUCGACGCAUGUCAGUUAUUCAUGUGCCAAGUGAAAGCCAGCUAAGCCGCGUCUAUUCGCAGAGUUCCCUUCAUCGUAGUGUCAGUGAGCUCAUCCAUGACAAGAAGUCUCUCAUCGAAGACUCUGUGUGGGACAACAUUGGGCAGAACCACAGCGCCAAGCUUUUUGAAGAUGAAGACUUCAUCGAUUCUGUCAAAGGUUUCAGCACCGUGAGGAAGGAGCACACGAUGUUCACCGACACUAACUUGUAGACGUCGCAGUUUCUCUGACAGCAGACUGGAACACAUAACCUUCUGAAAAUAGAAAGUGUUAUCUGUAACAGCUUUAAGUGAUAGCAAACAAAUUAAACAUUCUGGAUGUUAUUUUUGUGCAUAGAUUAAGUAAAUCGAGUUGAAUUUAUGCCAAACCCUCACCCAGACUCUCUUCUUUUUUGUAGUC